AAAUAAGAAAAGAACAGUUUGGAGAAAACUGUUGGGCUCUUGGGUUUAGCCAUCCAGAAAACCCUACUCUACCUCAAGCCUUGAGUUUCAUACAACAAAUUUGCAGAGCCAACUCAGGCGGUGAUGAUGUCACUCUCUCUCCCUCACUCUCUUCCUCGCUGUCCUCCACCGCCAAGAAUCGCACCCUCGUAUCAUCGCUUCACUGUUCUCCGAUGCUCCUCCGCGAACCUCAGGGCCUCUCUCAGUUCCCCAAAUUCCAGACUGACCGUUCGACUCUCUGCUGCCGCUAAUCAACCAGUUACAUCAAAGUUACAAACGGAACGGUUUGCAAGCAUUUCUUCCACAAACAGUCAAGAAACAUCUUCUGUUGGUAUCAACCCACAAUUCUCAGCACCUCCCCCACCGUCCACUAUAGGAUCACCUCUAUUUUGGAUUGGUGUUGGUGUUGCGUUUUCUGCGGUAUUUUCAUGGGCGGCUGGAAAGUUACAGAAAUAUGUAGUGCAACAAGCUUUCAAGAAUGUGAUGGGCCAGAUGAAUACACAAAAUGACCAGUUUAGCAAUGCUGCAUUUUCUCCGGGUUCCCCCUUUCCAUUUCCAUCAGCUCCAGCAUCGCCUUCUGCCUCUCCUUUUUCAGCACCCUCUCAACCAUCUUUCACAGAUGUAUCUGCAACAGAAGUAGAUUCACCAGCCUCAUCAGCCACUCCUUCGACACCUGCUGCUGAUGUCAAAAGUGAAGAACAACAAAUGAAAGAAAACAGAUUUGGAAAUAGUUUUGAAAUUGAACGAAACAAUGUGAUUCAGUUCUCCAGACAGCUUUCUGAUAGAGCUUUCGUAGAUGUUAAUCCAGAAGAAACUGAGCUAAAGAGUCCUUUUGCAAGUAGCUUAAAUGAUACUGAACCAGGUUCGUCCAAGGAAAUCAACAGUAAUGUGGAAGGUUCUCAAAAUGGAGCUGCUUUUAAGCAAGCGAAAGAUGCUUCGAUGGGGUCUCAAACUACAGGAAAAGAAAAUUCUGUUUUGUCAGUGGAAGCAUUGGAGAAAAUGUUGGAAGAUCCGACUGUACAGAAGAUGGUUUAUCCCUAUUUACCUGAGGAGAUGAGGAAUCCCACUACGUUCAAAUGGAUGCUGCAAAAUCCACAAUAUCGCCAACAGCUAGAAGACAUGUUACGUAAUAUGACUGGAAGCAAUGAAUGGGACAAUCGAAUGAUGGAUUCUUUAAAAAACUUUGACCUUAGCAGUCCAGAGGUCAAGGAGCAGUUCGAUCAGAUUGGGCUUACACCUGAACAAGUUAUUUCAAAGAUAAUGGCGAAUCCUGAUGUUGCUAUGGCGUUUCAAAAUCCAAGAGUUCAAGCUGCCAUAAUGGAUUGUUCACAGAAUCCAAUGAGUAUUACAAAAUAUCAAAAUGAUAAGGAGGUGAUGGAUGUCUUCAAUAAGAUAUCGGAGCUUUUCCCCGGGGUGUCUGGCUCACCUUGAGCAGGAAUUCAUUUUGAGUUAGUAGUUAGAUGUCCCUGGUGUGAUCAAUGGAUGAAUUGAAAGCAAAAUGUCGCUGUGGGAGUAAAGUGUAUAUUGAGUUUUGAAAAUCUUUCUAGCAUCCUUUAGUUUUGUGCGUUUUUCUAGUUGUAUUUGAAACGUUAUGUAGCAAAUUCUGAACAAUUCUAGCCAAUAAACUUGAUAGGAUUUACAGACUUGCCUAUUGAAUAAAUUUCAAGCACAUGUAUACUGGGUCAUGCCGUAGACAACGUGUGAUAC